AUGAAGGCUGCAAUGUCACUGGUGGGAAGCCAGGGCAUUAUCUCAGUCAUUGAGAUCCUUAUUGCCUCUGCUGUCUUCUGUCUGACAUUCAUAGUCAUCAGAUCCUUCCGGAAGCAGAUACCCAAGGGGCUGAAGAGGCUCCCAGGACCAAGGGGUUACCCCCUGAUAGGCAACGUGCUGGAGCUGGGGAGCAAUCCACUGACCUUGACUCAGAUGAGCCAGACCUAUGGAGAUGUGAUGCAGAUACAGAUCGGCACCAGACCUGUGCUGGUGCUGAGUGGGUUGGACACCAUCAAACAAGCCCUGGUGAAGCAAGGGGAGGACUUCAUGGGGCGCCCUGAUCUCUACAGCUUUCGCCAUAUUGCAGAUGGCCAGAGCUUGACCUUCAGCACUGAUUCAGGAGAGGUGUGGAGAGCUCGCAGGAAGUUGGCCCAGAAUGCCCUGAAGACCUUCUCUGUCUCACCCAGCCCCAACUCUUCAUCCACCUGCCUCCUUGAGGAGCACGUCUCCAAAGAAGCUGACUACCUAGUAAGAAAGUUCCUGCAACUGAUGGAGGAGAAGAAGAGGUUUGACCCCUAUCGGUACAUGGUGGUCUCUGUGGCCAAUGUCAUCUGUGCCAUAUGCUUUGGCAAGCGUUAUGACCAUGAUGACCAGGAGCUGCUCAGCAUAGUGAAUGAGGAUCAAUUUGAAGUUGUGGCUUCCUCUGGCAAUGCAGUGGAUUUCAUCCCAGUGCUCCAGUAUCUCCCCAACAGCACCAUGAAGAAAUUUAUGGAAUUCAACAAAAGGUUCCUCAGGCUCCUGCAGGACAUUGUCAAAGAGCACUACGAGAGCUUUGAGAAGGACAACAUUAGAGACAUCACGGUCCUGAUUGAACAAAGUCAGCAGAAUAAAGUGGAAGCCAAUGCCAACAUUCAGCUCCCGAAGGAAAUAAUUGUCAACCUGAUCAAUGACCUCUUUGGAGCCGGUUUUGACACUGUGACAACAGCUUUGUCCUGGAGCCUUAUGUAUCUUGUGACUUAUCCAGACAUUCAGAAGAAGAUUCAGGAAGAAUUAGAUCAGAUCAUUGGCAGAGAGAGGAGACCCAGACUCUCAGACCGGCCCAUGGUGCCUUACACAGAAGCCUUUAUCUUAGAGAUGUUCAGACAUUCCUCCUUCUUGCCCUUCACCAUUCCUCACUGCACAACAAGAGACACAGUACUGAAUGGCUACUACAUCCCGAAGGACCUCUGUGUAUUUGUCAACCAAUGGCAAGUCAAUCAUGAUGAGAAGCUUUGGAAAGAACCAUCUAAGUUCGACCCAGAGCGUUUCCUCCAUGCCGGAGGGACUGAAGUAAACAAGGCGGAUGGUGAGAAGGUGCUGGUCUUUGGCCUGGGGAAGAGGAGGUGCAUUGGUGAGACCAUUGCCAGAUGGGAGGUCUUUCUCUUCCUGACCACUCUGCUGCAGCAGCUGGAGUUCAGCGUCUCUAAUGGAAAGAAGGUGGACAUGACGCCCCUGUACGGCCUGUUAAUGAAACACAAGAGGUGUGAGCACUUCCAGGUUAAGCAGCGCUUCCCAAUCCAGAGUUCAGAGUUACCUCUGGACAUUGGAUGA